AUGAAAAUUAAUUCACAUCCUGAAAAAAAAUUAGAAGGAAUAUUAAAGCAGGAAAUUUUGUUUAAAAGUGCCAAAAAAAUGAUGAAGGAAUUAAGUAAGAUUUUAGUGAGAAUAUAAAUUAGAGAAAGAUAUUCAAGGUUUACCCAGUAUGGAUUAUGAAGAAAGUUCAGCUAAUUUAUAUAAUUUUAUUGUACAUCGAAAAAGUGAAAAUGCAAAUAGCUACUGUACUAAAGCUCAUCCUUUAAAGAGAACAUAAAGAACUCUAUCGUUUGAAUUAAUAAAAUCAAAGAUAUCAGAAACAAAGGUUAAACAUUUACGUUUUGGAAGUAGAGAAGGAAAGAGAAUAUAAAACAGAAAUGCUUAAAAAAUUAGGAGAAGAAGUUGUUAUUGUUCUGAUUGUGGACAUGAUAAUACUAAAAUUAUACAUUUAAUGUAUAAAGGUGCAACUUGUCAUCGUUAAGUUGAAUAAGCAUACUAAUAGAAGAAAAAAAGAGAUUUUGCAGAUGAUGCUUAUCGCUUUUGUAAAUAUUCUAAUAAUUUGUUUAAGCAUAAAAGAUUGCAAGAAAAAUGAUUCUCAUCAAAAAUAAAUUAUCUUCUUCUAAAACAAUCUUAUUUAGAAAACGCUGUAAUUCAUGUGACACCCGAUUAUCAAAAGAUAUUCUUAUGCAACAUAAAUAAGUAUCUAUACAGAUUCCUUAAAGAAAAGAUACUCAUUCAAAAACAUAAAUGAGACAUACAGUAUUUAUGAAAAGACAAUAAACUAUUAAUGAUAAAUUAUUGCUUAUACCAAUUAAGAAUCUCAAAGUGGUUUAAGAAAUAUAAUUACCAAUUAAAACUCUGCCAACUUAACCUAGUAAUACAUCUUCGAAGAUAUUAAAAAAGAAAAAUUUUAAUAGAACAUUCGUUCCAGUAAAUCGUUGUAUUCUGCCAUAAGUGAGUCCCUAAAGAUUUACAAUCAAUAAUAAUAAAUCUAUAGAUUUUUAAUUGAAAUCUUAAAUUAGAUAACAAGUAAAAGAAUUGUAAAAACCACUUAAUGAUUCAAAAAAAAGUUCAAUCGUUAGUCUUUCUAAUCCAUAUCGUAAUAUUUCUCAAUUGGAUUAUUUACUAAAGGUAAGAAGAAGACAAUUUAAUUGUUGA